UCUAGAGAGUCCUUUUGAUACAAGCCUAUUAGACUACUAACUUUGAACUUUUAUUUAUUUUGAUUUAUUGUAGAUUGGAUGUAGCAGAGCAAAGUGGAGAGGUUACACGAUCUGUCUCUGGCCCAGUACUUCCAAGGAAAAACUAUGGGAAUGCUGACAUACAUGUGGAGAGACAACUUAUGCCCCGUGUUCUUGCUGGUACCAAUGGCCCCACUGAUUGGAAUGAAGCUUUGGAUAUUAUUUCUUUUGGUUCUCCUGAGCAGUCUGUUGAAGGAAUGAAAGUCGUGUGUCAUGAGUUGACACAAGCCACUAAUGAUCCAGAAGGCAGUGCAAUGGAUGAACUUAUUAAAGAUGCAGACAGACUUGCUUCAUGCCUUGCAAACAAGGUUGCCAAGACCUUUGAUUUCAGCUUGACAGGAGCAUCAUCUAGAUCUUGUAAAUAUGUUCUCAACACCCUCAUGCAGUGUGUUUGUGACUGGGAUGAUCAUGAAAAUAAGUUUAUUGAAGUUGAAGGAAUUCUGAGAAGACAGAUAAAGGAAUGGGCAUCUGAGCAUUGUUCAGCACCUUUUCGAGCUCCUGAGUUGUGGGAUUGUCCAAGUAAUGCAGAUAUCGAUGAGAGAGUUGAUAUUUGGUCAUUAGGAUGCACUUUAUAUGCGAUAAUGUGAUAAUGUUUUUUACCAUGUGAUUUAAGAUUUAUUGGUUUAAGUUUUCGGGUCUUUGUCUCCUGAGAGCUAUAAUAUAAUUUGAUGACAGUGUUGAAUGUUUUGAAC